GCCAUCUUAGAUUUUUAACCAUGUACACGAUGGCAUUGAGGAUAUAUUGGUUGUAGAUUUAUUUUGAAAUCUUGUUUCGUACAACGAAAUACUUAUGCGAAACUAGGAUUAAAGAGUAAUUGUGGACACAACUCGAAGCAAUGUAGACAUUUAUUGUGACGUGUACUGUGCCGGGGAUUGAUAUACCCAGACUAGCUAGUCAUUAUACCACUCAGUAUAACAAAAUGACAUAGUUGUUAAGAAAAUGGAGGACGAUGAAGAGAAAAAGAGCCCAAAUAAAACACGCCCUACCAAAACAAAGGAUGACCAAUCAUCUGAUACCAUAGCAACAUCUGACCCAGAUACUGGUUCACGUGGGGAGGAACGAUCAUCGGAUACCAUAGCAACAUCUGACCCAGAUACUGGUUCACGUAAGGAUGACCGAUCAUCGGAUACCAUAGCAACAUCUGACCCAGAUACUGGUUCACGUGGGGAGGAACGAUCAUCGGAUACCAUAGCAACAUCUGACCCAGAUACUGGUUCACGAAAGGAUGACCGAUCAUCGGAUACCAUAGCAACAUUUGACCCAGAUACUGGUUCACGUAAGGAUAACCGAUCAUCUGAUACCAUAGCAACAUCGGACUACGGCACUAGUUUACGUGUGGAGGACCGUGCUUCAGAUACCAUAGCGACAUCUGAACGUGACUAUUACUCAUCUAGGCAUGAAUUCUCUCCAGAAAAUAAAGCGGCAUCUGCCCUUAUGUCAUCAACAACAGUUGAAGAAGGAGCUGUAGUGCGGCAACACAAUGAAGUCAUUCAGAUGCAGAGUCAUUCGAAGUCAUCCAUUUCACUUCAAAGGGCGCCGGUCCGAAUCUGAUCGGUGAAAACCCCACUGUCGUAUACAAUUUCAAUGAUGAUGAAUCGAAGACAGCGCAGGCUAUAGGAGACGCAAAGCAAGAGAUAAUUGAAAAAAUACAGGAAAUUGCUGAACCAUGCAAAAAAAGACACAUCAAACCUGGUGUCAAGAUAAUGAAAAUGAAGAAAGGU